AUGGCUACCAAUACUUUCAACACCAUACACUCGCUCCGCCGUCGCCACCACUCGAUCGACUCCCCCCGCGUAGCCGCCGCCGCCGCCGCCCCCAAUCACUCAUCCCAUUCUCUUUUCCUAACACCAAAAUCCGCCGUCCGCCGUCUUUCCCACUCGGCCGCCGCCGCCGCCGCCUCCACAACCACCAACCCCUCCACCUCCGGAGCAACCGGCAGCGGCGGCAUUUCCCUCGGCCUCCUGGAGCGGUGCCUGUCGUCGAAGGACUUCCGGCAGGCGGACGAGGAGACCCGGCGGCUGCUGAUCGUCCUCGCAGGCGAGGCGGCGGUUCGGCGCGGGUACGUGUUCUUCUCGGAGGUCCAAUUCAUCCCCGCUGGGGAGCUCCGUGCCAUAGACGAGCUGUGGCGGCAGAACAGCGGGGGGCGGUACGGGUACAGCGUGCAGCGGCGGAUCUGGAGGAAGGCGAAGGGGGACUUCACGCGCUUCUUCAUAAGGGUCGGGUGGAUGAAGAAGCUCGAGGGGUGCGAGGUGGAGCAGUACAACUACAGGUCGUUCCCGGGGGAGUUCAUGUGGGACCCACCGGAGGCGGAGGAAGGGGCCGCGCCCCCCGCGCCCGAGGGGCACCUGCCCCUCACCAACGCGCUCAGGGGGACCCGAUUGCUGGAGAGCAUCCUCACCCACCCGGCAUUCGACAUCGACGACGACGACAACGAUGAUGGCGGCGACGCGGACGAGAAGAUGAGUAAGCCUGCUGGGAAGCCUUUACUUGGGUUUAAACCCAAUUACACCUUCUGA